AUGUCGCCCGCGCCGAUACCAAAGGUCCUUGCGUUCGACGUCUUCGGCACCGUCGUCGACUGGCACGGCAGCAUCUCGCGUGCCGUCACCGCCCUCCGCCCCGGCGUGGACGGGGACGCCUUCGCGCUUGCCUGGCGGGCAGGCUACGUCCCCGCAAUGCGGCGGACGAUGGCCGCGAUCGCGGAUGGAUCAGGUUCCUUCAGAGUGCUGGACGAGCUGCACCUCGAGAUCCUGCGUUCCAUCCUGCCCGACUUUCCUCAACUCGCCGACCUUUCCGAGGCCGAGAUCCAGGAUCUCAACAAGGCCUGGCACCGUCUCGAUCCCUGGGCCGACUCUGUCGAGGGAUUGACGAGGUUGAAGAAGAAGUUCGUCAUCACGCCGCUCUCGAACGGCGGCAUUGGACUGUUGACGUACAUGGCCAAACGGGCUGGACUGCCCUGGGACCUCAUUCUAGGCGCGGAGGUGUUCCAGGCCUACAAGCCCGAUCACCGCACGUACCAGGGUGUGGCUAGGGUGUUGGACGUCAAGCCCGAGGAGGUCAUGAUGGUCGCGACGCAUCAUUCGGACCUGGAUGCGGCGCAGGACGCGGGCGUGCAGACGGCGUACAUCGAGCGGCCGGAUGAGAUGGGCCCGCGCAAGGAGCUCAAGGACGAUACGCCCAAGGAGCGGCAUCCGCUGCACUUCAAGGACCUGAAUGCGCUCGCGGAUUACUUGGGAUGCUAA